AUGCUGCCCCCUAGAGCUUACAUCGACCAGGAUAGCGCAGAUGCCAUAGAGUUAGCACGCCUCGGCUACAAGCAAGAACUCAAGCGCGCUUUUUCGCCUCUCGAGCUCUUCUGCCUGGUUUUCGGUAUAUUCGGGCUCUUCCCCUCAAUCACUUCCGUUUUAACCUACGCUUUGCCAAACGGCGGUCCAGUUGCACUGGUGUGGGGUUGGGGAGUGUGCUGCGUCUUCCUCAUCUUCGUCACGCUCGCACUCGCGGAACUGGGCUCUGCGGCACCCACGUCCGGCGGCCUGUACUAUUGGUCGUUCAAGUAUAGCUCCCCGCGCUGGCGGCGUCUUCUCUCAUGGGUUGUCGGAUAUUCGAACACGAUUGGGUUGAUCGCCGGUGUCGCGAGCACUGAUUGGGGAUGCGCGGUCGAGCUGAUGGCUGCAGUAAGCAUAGGUUCCAAUCAGACCUUCACUGCGACCACAAGUCAGACGUUUGGUGUUUAUGUCGUUAUAUUGUUGCUGCAUGCUGCCAUCUCGUCGCUAGCCACUUCGGUUGUCGCGAAACUGCAGUUUGUCUAUGCUCUCAUGAACGUCCUGCUAUGUCUCGCUAUCAUCAUUCUUCUACCCGUUGCGACACCACAAGAAUUUAAGAACCCGGCUAGUUAUGCGUUCGGAGGAUUUACGAAUUUGGGCAGCUGGCCAGACGGGUUCGCUUUUUUAUUAAGUUUCUUGGCGCCCCUGUGGACUGUCUGUACGUGCGGAUUCGACACAUCGCUCCACCUCAGUGAGGAAGCCUCUAACGCGAAGGUCUCAGUACCUACAGCGUUGAUUGCAGGCACGAUUUCUGCUGCGAUCAUUGGAUGGGCAAUCAAUAUCACGAUCGCGUUUCAAAUGGGAACGGACAUCGAAGGUAUCAUGAAUAGCCCCAUUGGGCAGCCGAUGGCAGCAAUCCUAUUCAAUAGUCUGGGACAGAAGGGGACCCUUGUCAUCUGGGUCAUCGUUUUCUCGGUCCAGUUCUUUGUAGGUGCAAGCUGUUUGUUGGUCAGUUCCCGACAGACAUUCGCAUUCGCACGGGACGGCGGCCUCGUGUUCUCGCACGUUCUCUACCGUAUCAAUACACGCACGCAAACGCCAGUAAACUGCGCAUGCUUCUCAGCAUUCAUCUCAUUCCUCCUUGGACUCCUUGCGUUCGCUGGCCCCAGCGCCGUCUCGGCCAUUUUCAGCCUCGGGGUCGUAGGUGCAUAUAUAUCGUAUACCAUCCCGAUCGUCAGCAGAUUCACCGGUGGAACGGAAUGGAGACCGGGCCCGUUCAGCCUCGGCAAGUUCGGUCUGCCGGUAGCCACCGUAGCCGUGAUCUGGAUGAUUUUUGGCAUCGUUAUCGUUGUCUUCCCCAGCCUCCCGGACCCGAGCGGCCCCACCAUGAAUUACACUUCUGUCGUGCUUGGCGGCUGGAUCACUCUCUGCCUGGUAUACUACUACUUCCCCGUCUAUGGAGGUGUGCAUUGGUUCCAGGGACCAAUCAGAAAUAUUAUAGUCGCGGAAGAGGGGCAGAAGGCGGCCGAGGCAAGCAGUAUAAAGGACGAGAAGGAAGACUUCUAA